AUGAAACACACUAAGCACAGUGCAAAUGGUCCUGUAGGAGCACCCGAUCCACCAUCCGUAGUAGCUGCCAUGGAGCGAGCCUUCAGGGAGACUACUGCGAGCAGGAACAGACCGCCGCCGCACCCCUUUGUCGUAGCAGAGGAAGCUCUGCGUCGCCUUGUCGGGACACAGACUAGUCAGACUAUUGUAGUAUCGGGACAAAGUGGUGCUGGAAAGACCGAAACCAGCAAACAGCUUAUGCUCUUUCUUACUCAUGUAUCGACAUCUCCACACGACACACUGGGGGUCAGUUCUGAUGGUGCAGCACGUUCGAGCAGCAACACGGACGCGCCCAAGACAGUAUCAGGGCAGCGAACGGAAGUAGCAGCACUCCUUGGAGGUGUCCAAACUCUACAAGAAGCAACAGAACUACAGAAGCGUAUCGUCUCAUGCAAUGCUAUUUUUGAAUCAUUUGGAAACGCUGCCACCAGAAGAAAUCACAACAGCAGUCGAAUUGGCCGGCUCACGCUCCUCCAUUUUGACGGCGGAGGCCUUCUGAGGGGUGGGAGUUUGAGGACAUACUUACUGGAAGCGUCCCGCAUCACGGCACACAAAAGAGGCGACAGGAAUUUCCACGUUUUCUACCAGCUAUUGCGAGGAGCCAGUCAGGAUGCGCUCAAAUCGAUGAGGCUGAAAGAGGACGAAACGACGUACCGCAUGCUGCAGCCACAGGACUCAACCACAUUCCUUCAAAGAGUCUUCGCCAAAGAACGACAAGUGCCCCAUGGAAGAAACGAUACGGAUGAUGGAAACAUAAUUCGGAAAGAAGUGGAUCGACGCAACUUCGAGUCAAUGGUCGAGGCACUGAAACGUGCUGAUUUUUCGAGUACUGAAAUCGAUGAGCUCUUGCAACUUCUUGCGGGUUUACUUCACUUGUCCAAUGUCUCCUUUACGAACGGCAGUCUUGACAAUCUGCGUCUUCAGGAUGCAGUAGCGGAAGAGGCCCUCGACAACGCAGCGGCCUUGCUUGGCGUCCAGAAAGCAGGGCUUGAGGAAGCGCUUCGUUCCCGGCGAAUCAUAUUGAAAGGCGAUAUCCUUUGCACUCGUAGGAAUGAACAGCAAAGCAGCAGCGCCUGCUGUUCGCUCAUAAAGUUCAUUUACAGCAGUCUGUUUGACUAUAUUGUGCAACGAUUAAAUGACAGUGCUGCUCGCCACAUGCAGGGACAGCAAAAGACAAAACAGCAGAAUGAUCGCGAUAGUCUGAAAUCCAUUGGCAUACUCGACAUAUACGGGUUUGAGUCCUUUGGACUGGAAAAUGGACUGGAGCAGCUCUGCAUCAACUACGCGAACGAGAAGCAACAACAGCUCUUCGUCCAGCAGGUCAUAGAGGAAGAGGUGGCCCUGUACACUAGAGAAGGAGUCACGAGCCCGGCAGUUGCAGCAAGAAACAAGGCCUCUCAUCAGCGCUCCAACGCAGAGCAGGAGACAGAACAGCAUCUGACAAGCGAAAAAGCAAAACCGCCGGGGUCGUUCAAGGCAG